UCCUGUUUCAGGCUCUUUAUGGCAUAUUAACGUGGUAUAUUUGAAAUACAUUCAUGGACUGUUCAACCGGAUUUAGCUAUAAAUUGCUUUAUUUGUGAACUCUAAAUUAUUCCGUUGUAUAAAAGCACAUGGUACCUUUACUAUCGUUAGUAACGUUGAUGUAGGCGUGCUUUGCGUUGGAAUGUACCAUUUUUGCCAACACGGAAGGAUUUUGUUGUGACAGCGGAGAAACCCGGCGGGGGCACUAGCUAGACGGUCGUAACGUAACAUUGGGGUUUUUCAUCUUGGAUCAACAAUGGCAUUCAGCAAGGGAUAUCGCAUUUACCACAAGCUGGACCCACCCCCCUACAGUGUUAUAGUGGAAACUAGAACCAGGGAAGAAUGCCUGAUGUUUGAAUCUGGGGCUGUUGCUGUUCUGUCGGCGGCAGAGAAGGAGGCCAUUAAAAACACAUACAGCAAGAUUGUUGAUGCCUAUGGCAUCCUGGGUGUCCUUCGCCUAAACCUGGGGGACUCCAUGCUCCACAGUCUGGUGGUUGUGACAGGAUGCAGCUCUGUGGGGAAGGUGCAGGAUUCCGAGGUUUUCAGGGUCACACAGACAGAUUUUAUAUCGCUGAAGAAUGAUCCAGGAGAUGAGGACCGGAUCGCUGAAGUACGAAAAGUCCUGAACUCAGGACACUUCUACUUUGCGUGGUCUGCCACUGGAGUCAGCAUGGACUUGAGUCUCAAUGCACAUCGCAGGAUCCUAGAGGACACAACAGAUAACCGCUUCUUUUGGAACCAAUCUCUGCACCUGCACCUGAAACACUACGGAGUAAACUGUGAUGACUGGCUGUUGAGGCUGAUGUGUGGUGGUGUGGAGAUCAGGACCAUAUAUGCAGGGCACAAACAGGCUAAGGCUUGCACCUUCUCCCGCCUCAGCUCUGAGCGAGCCGGCACGCGAUUCAACGUCCGAGGUACAAAUGACGACGGACAGGUCGCCAACUUUGUGGAGACUGAACAGGUUAUUUUCCUGGACGACAAAGUCUCGUCCUUCAUACAGAUCCGUGGGUCCAUUCCUCUUUUCUGGGAACAGCCAGGAAUCCAGAAAAAGAGCAUUAAGGGUGUUUUGUUGCACCUGAAUGAGAAUCGGCAUCCUAAAGGCACGGCUGAGAACCCCCACCUGGUUGGCUCUCAUCGUGUCAAACUCUCAAGGGGAUUUGAGGCAAAUGCGCCAGCAUUCGAAAGACACUUCACAGCCCUGCGGAGGUUGUAUGGUAAACAGGUGAUCAUCAAUUUGCUUGGGAGUAAGGAAGGAGAACACAUGCUCAGCAAAGCUUUUCAGAGUCAUCUGAAGGCAUCAGAGCAUGCAACAGCAGUAAAAAUGGUGAACUUUGACUACCAUCAAAAUGUGAAGGGAGGCAAGGCAGACAAACUGCACAGUGUCCUUAAACCCUACGUCAGCAAGUUCAUGGAAGAGUGUGGGUUCUUCUACUACUCUGGAGAGACGGGCAUCGCAAGGACUCAAGGUGGGACCAUUAGAACUAACUGCCUGGACUGUCUGGACAGAACCAACAGUGUUCAGGCUUUCUUUGCCCUUGAGAUGCUGCCAAAACAGCUGGAGGAAAUGGGUCUGACGGAGAAGCCCCAGCUGGUUGCCAGGUUUCAGGAGGUCUUUAGGACCAUGUGGUCUGCCAAUGGAGACUCUGUCAGCAAGAUCUACGCAGGCACAGGUGCCCUCGAUGGCAAGGCCAAGGCGGGGAAGCUAAAAGAUGGCGCUCGUUCUGUGACAAGGACCAUCCAGAACAACUUCUUUGACAGUUCUAAGCAGGAGGCUAUAGACAUUCUGAGGCUGGGUUCCACACUCAACAGUGAUUUGGCGGACAAAGCUCGGGCCCUGCUCACCACUUCCAGUCUUUACGUCACUGAGCCCGUCUUACAAUCAGCCUCCCCAAGAGUAUUGCUGGGAAUGUGUCAGAACUACCAAAAAUACACAAGGCCCAAGAAGAUCCGGGUGUGUGUCGGGACCUGGAAUGUCAACGGGGGUAAACAGUUUCGCAGCAUUGCUUUCCGCAACCAGACACUCAACGACUGGCUGUUAGAUGCUCCAAAGAAGGCAGGGCAUCCUGAGUUCCAGGACAGCAAAGCAAACCCCAUAGAUAUCUUUGCCAUCGGUUUUGAGGAAAUGGUUGAACUGAAUGCUGGCAAUAUUGUCAGUGCGAGCACUACAAAUCAGAAACUUUGGGCAGCUGAGCUCCAAAAAAACAUAUCGCGGGACCACAAGUAUGUUCUGCUUGCUUCCGAGCAGCUGGUCGGCGUUUGUCUGUUUGUUUUCAUUCGCCCACAGCACGCACCUUUCAUCAGGGAUGUUGCUGUAGAUACAGUAAAAACUGGUAUGGGUGGGGCUACAGGCAAUAAAGGAGGCGUGGCCAUCCGCCUGCUCUUCCACACCACCAGCAUCUGCUUUGUCUGCUCCCACUUUGCUGCUGGCCAGUCACAGGUCAAGGAGAGGAACGACGACUACAAUGAGAUCACACGCAGACUCACCUUCCCCAUGGGUCGUCUACUGUACUCGCAUGACUACAUUUUCUGGUGCGGAGACUUUAACUAUCGAAUCAGUCUGCCCAAUGAGGAAGUAAAAGAGCUAAUCAAACAGCAGAACUGGGAUGCCUUAACAGCUGGGGACCAGUUGUUGGACCAGAAGAAUGCUGGUUUGGUUUUCCGAGGUUUCAUCGAGGGGAAGAUAGAUUUUGCCCCCACCUAUAAGUAUGACCUCUUCUCAGAAGAUUAUGACACCAGUGAGAAGUGCCGCACACCAGCGUGGACUGACCGCAUACUCUGGAAGAGGAGGAAGUGGAACUUUAGCAAAACAGCUGAGGAGAUGAAUAUAGUAGGGGCAGCUUCUACUUCCGGGGACAAUGUGGACGAUCCAGACAACCCCUGGAGCCCUGGGACUCUGAAGUACUACGGCAGGGCUGAGCUUAAGACCUCAGACCACAGGCCCGUGGUGUCGAUAAUAGAUGUGGACAUCCUGGAGGUCGACCCGGACGCGCGGCACCAGGUCUACAAAGACGUCAUUGCCCUGCAGGGGCCUCCAGACGGCACCAUCCUGGUUUCCCUCUGCUCUUCCGGCCCUGAUGACUACUUUGACGAUGCACUCAUAGACGAACUGCUGGACAAGUUUGCUAAUUUUGGAGAGGUUAUCCUCAUCAGGUUUGUUGAGGAGAAGAUGUGGGUGACUUUCCUGGAAGGUUACUCUGCUCUUGCUGCUCUGUCUCUCAGCGCCUCCACUGUCCUCGAUAAGAUGUUGGACAUCCGUCUGAAGAGUCCAGGUUGGAUCAAGAGUCUAGAGGAUGAGAUGAGUGUAGAUAGGAUCUGUGGAAGCAUCCCCACCUCUGCCAGCUCCACCCUGCUGGCGGAGGACACGGACAUGGGCGAUGAUGAUUACGAUAUGGAAGGUGAUGUGGAUGAGGAAGUGGAGGAGAUCCUUCCCCAGCACCUUCAGCCUGGAGCAGGCUCUGGCCCUGGAUCCUCCCCUCUCCCCUCCCCCCGCAGUAGUCCCUGUCCCUCCCCCACCCACGGAGAACCUACCGCCCCCAGCAGACCUAGUCGUGGAGUACAACCCUCCCGACCAUCACAUGUAGAUUUAAGCCCAUCAACAUUGAGGAGAGAAAUUACAGGGCCUCCUGUUGACUUCCAGCCUGGUGCCCCCAUGUCUCUUGAGCCCAAACGCCCGCCUCCCCCUCGCCCCCACGCCCCCCCAGCCAGACCAGCACCCCCUCAACGCCCACCACCACCUUCAGGAGGCAUGAGCCCUCUGCCAGUUAGAAAGGAUUCUGGAGACUGUGGCGAAUGUCCAAGCCCACUGUUUGGUAGGAGAAGCAGUGAAGGUUACAGGCCUGGUAGGAGAGGCAGUGAAGGUUACUGGCCUGGUAGGAGAGGCAGUGAAGGCCCAAAAAGCCCCGCUCUUCCUCAGCCAGAUGAUGCUGCAGCUCGAGGCCAGGUAGCAGUGGGAGCUCCUGGACCUGGUGGUGCUCCCAGACCGAAUAUCCCUGCACGUGCUGGGGUAAUCAGUAUUCCCCCUCAGUCUCGCCCACCACCUCUCUCUCACCCUGGAGCACCCAGACCCAUCUCGGACGUGCAUCCUGGGGCCCCUCGGCCCAUCCCAGACACCCACCCUGGAGCCCCACGAACUGUGCCUGGUGGCCAGGUCAAACCGACGGACCUGCCUCUGGGUCCUCCUCCUUUAGAGCCCCCUGCAGCGAGACCCCAGGUUCCAUCCUCCAUGCAGCCCCAAACAGCUUCCCCUUCAGUUCAGUCCCAACCCCCACCAGCAAUGCAGCCCCCCAUGCAGCCGCAAACAGCUUCCCCUUCAGUUCAGUCCCAAUUCCCAACAGCAAUGCAGGCCCCCAUGCAGCCGCAAACAGCUUCCCCUUCAGUUCAGUCCCAAUUCCCUCCAGCAAUGCAGGCCCCCAUGCAGCCGCAAACAGCUUCCCCUUCAGUUCAGUCCCAAUUCCCACCAGCAAUGCAGGCCCCCAUGCAGCCGCAACAAGCUGCUCCUUCAGUUCAGUCCCAACUCCCACCACCUAUGCAACCCACAUUUCAAGCUCCACUCCAGCCACAGCAAGCUCCUAAAGCAGCGUCCCCUACUGCUGCCGUGGCUGUUACUCCCCCUGCUGGGCUUCCACAGGGUCUAGCCUCUCCUAAACCCCCACCACGCUCCCGCUCUUCUCACACUCUGCCACCUGAUGCUGCCAAGUCUGAGACAGCCCCGGCUGCGCAGACAAAUGGCCUGAAUGGAAUCCACAGAGAAGCACAAUGGAUGCCCGAACCCUUCGACCAACUUUCCUGGCACACCACCCAGUCCCUGACCAGAGGCUCCUCUCUGCGUUCUCCCCCCUCUGUUCCUGUGUCAACGAUGUCCUCCAACACGCUCCCUUCAUCCUUCUCCCUCCAGUCGUCUGCUCUGUCAGACCUGCAGGUCCUUGAUUCAUCCUCCUCUUCCUCACUUUCCACCCCAUCACCGGUUACCUCCUCCCUGCUCCCGCCCCCUCCGGUCCAGUCUCGUAGCCGCUCGCAGGAGACACUGCGUGCUUCCCCCGGCCCCGUCCCGAUUGACUUGCUUCCUGCCCGACCCAGCAGCACCAAUCCCUUCACAGGCCCACUGGCGCAUCAGCAGCACCGCUCACUCACCCCGGACUUUAGCUUCCAGCUCACCGCCCCGAAGCCAAACAUUCAGAGGAACAUGUCUGUUCUUAGUCAACCACUCAUCCCCACCCCUCGUCCAGCAGCAGGCCCUCCUGCUGCAUCCCCCGCCCAGCUACAAGGGACCAUGUCCCUGUUUGGUCCCUCAUCCACUUUUAAUACUACACCUGCACCGCUGCUCCCCCUCGCCCCAUCUCCUGUUCCCGUCUUGCCUUUGGCACCACCCUCCUCCAUUCUGCCUGCACUUCAUCGCCAGCCACCUCCUCCAGGAGCCAAACCAAACCAGCAAUGGGUCACUUUUGAUGAUGAUUUGGAUUUUCAACCUCCAACAAAAACCCCACAAGCACCCGUCUUCCCUUCCAGUUCCCUAUUGUCCCAGACUCAGACUCAGCCCUACCGCUCUGUGUUUGACUCAGAGCCCGACUGGUUAUCCUCGGCCCCCUCAGUGUUCCCAACUCUCCAUCCUCCCAUCCCAACUAGAACUGUAACCAGUAACCCAAACCUCCCAGAGGGACCCAGUGAUGACUACUUCUUCCCCAGGGAGUCAACAGAAAGAUAGGAUCACUCUUAAUAUGUAAAGGGCAUAUCCAGAUAUGUAUAGAUAUAUGAUAAAGGUGUAUAUGUGUGUGUGUAUGUACAAAAGAAACAGUAUUUCAGAAGUAUAGACCAAUCCCCUUCUGAAUUGCAGAAAAGGAUGUAUACCUCAAGCAGCAACAUGAGUGGUGUAUGACCCUAGACUUUACCACAGGGAUGUCUGCUUGUUCCCUGAUGUUACCAUUUAUUUUAAUAUAUGAAUCGUUUU